AUGGCAACUCUUGCUUCUGCAACUCUCUCUUUCCUUCUCCUCUGGACGCUGCCAGGGCAGGUCCUCCUCAGGGUAGCCUUGGCAAAAGACGAAGUCAAAUCUGGGACCAAGGGGGGUACCCAGCCCAUGUCCCCCUCUGAUUUCCUGGACAAGCUUAUGGGGCGAACAUCUGGAUAUGAUGCCAGGAUUCGGCCCAAUUUUAAAGGCCCACCUGUGAACGUGACCUGCAACAUCUUCAUCAACAGUUUCGGCUCCGUUACCGAGACCACCAUGGACUACCGGGUGAAUGUCUUCUUGCGGCAGCAGUGGAAUGACCCACGCCUGGCCUAUCAAGAGUAUCCUGACGACUCGCUGGACCUCGAUCCCUCCAUGCUGGACUCCAUCUGGAAGCCAGACCUGUUCUUUGCCAAUGAGAAAGGGGCCAACUUCCAUGAGGUGACCACGGACAACAAAUUACUGCGCAUCUUCAAGAAUGGCAAUGUGCUCUACAGCAUCAGGCUGACUCUCAUUUUGUCCUGCCCGAUGGACCUCAAGAACUUCCCCAUGGACAUCCAGACCUGCGCCAUGCAGCUGGAGAGCUUUGGCUACACCAUGAAUGACCUCGUGUUUGAGUGGCUGGAAGACGCUCCUGCUGUUCAAGUGGCUGAGGGGCUGACUCUGCCCCAGUUUAUCUUGCGAGACGAGAAGGAUCUAGGCUAUUGUACCAAGCACUACAACACAGGGAAGUUCACCUGCAUUGAGGUGAAGUUUCAUCUGGAGCGGCAGAUGGGCUACUAUCUGAUUCAGAUGUACAUCCCCAGCCUACUCAUCGUCAUCCUGUCCUGGGUAUCCUUCUGGAUCAACAUGGAUGCUGCCCCUGCCCGUGUGGGUCUGGGCAUCACCACCGUGCUUACCAUGACGACCCAGAGCUCUGGCUCCCGGGCCUCUUUGCCCAAGGUGUCCUACGUGAAGGCAAUCGACAUCUGGAUGGCUGUGUGCCUGCUCUUUGUGUUCGCUGCCCUGCUGGAGUACGCUGCUGUCAAUUUUGUCUCUCGUCAGCAUAAGGAAUUCAUGAGACUCCGAAGAAGGCAGAAGCGCCAACGCAUGGAGGAAGAUAUCAUCCGAGAAAGUCGCUUCUAUUUUCGUGGCUAUGGCCUUGGCCAUUGCCUUCAGGCAAGGGAUGGAGGCCCAAUGGAAGGUUCUGGCAUUUAUAGCCCCCAGCCUCCAGCACCUCUUCUAAGGGAGGAAGAAACCAUGCGGAAACUCUACGUGGACCGAGCCAAAAGGAUUGACACCAUCUCCCGGGCUGUCUUCCCUUUCACUUUCCUCAUUUUCAACGUCUUCUACUGGGUUGUCUAUAAAGUGCUACGGUCAGAAGAUAUCCACCAGGCACUGUGAAUGCCUGGGGGCUAUAGAGUCUAGCUGCUGGCUUUCUGCUUCCUUCUAGGUGGGCUUUCCCCUUCCAUUAGAGUCCAUCAGGGACUUGGACAGUUCUUCCUGAUCUCCCACACAGAAUUUCAACUACCAAACCAUGUGGGCCUACACUACAUGGUGCCAACAGUGGCUGUACUUAUAAAGAUGGUUUAUCUACCCUAAUCCAGAUUUCCCCCAUGC